AUGGCGCAAAACCCACGAACGGUGAUCUGCGUCGGAGACAUCCAUGGACACAUAUCCAAGCUCAAUAAGCUCUGGCUUAAUCUUCAAUCCGCUCUAAACCCAUCAGAUUUUAACUCAGCUCUCGUCAUCUUCCUCGGCGAUUACUGCGAUCGUGGACCAGAAACCAAAAAAGUCAUCGACUUUUUGAUCUCUCUGCCGGAGAAACAUCCCGACCAGACACACGUUUUUCUCGCCGGAAAUCACGACUUCGCUUUCGCUGGGUUUCUGGGUUUGUUGCCACGUCCUUUAGAUGGGUCGGAUUUGAAGGAUACGUGGAAUGAGUUCGAGAAAAGCGAGGAGAGAGAAGGGUGGUAUAAAGGUGAAGGGUUCGAGUCUAUGCAUCUCCAAGGUAGGAGAUGGGCUGGUAAAAUUAAGGCUCAAUUCGAUUCCGAGAUUGGUGUGGUCUAUAAUGGAUCGAUUUACGACGCUGGAUCGACUUUUGAAUCGUAUGGUGUUCUUCAUGGAUCUUCAGAUUUGAUGGAGGCUGUACCAGAGAGUCACAACAAGUUUUUGACCGAUAUGGACGAUGUUUGUAUAGAAACAGAGGAAGGGCUAAAGCAGUGCAAGUUGAUUGCGGUACAUGCUGGUUUGGAGAAAGGGAAGAGCGUUAAGGAACAACUCGAGCUUUUGAGAGCUAAAGACACAAGCAUCUCGAAAAUACAACCUCUAAGUGGCCGGAAAAACGUUUGGAACAUUCCACAGGGACUGGAUGAUAAACAGAUUGUUAUAGUUAGCGGUCACCACGGAAAACUUCACAUCGAUGGCUUGAGAUUGAUCAUCGACGAAAGCGGUGGAUACUCGGAUGUACCUUUGGCUUCAAUUGUUCUUCCUUCUAAGACGAUUAUCCGCGACACAGAUGAUUUUUCUAAUUAA